UUUGCGCGCCAUGUGCGGAGCGGACCUUCUGAAAUGGCGAAUGUUGGAGAAACGAUAGCAAAAUAUGUAGGGCACAAGGUAUCGAAGGUUCGAUGGAUUCCGGAAGAAAAGGGCCAGUUGAAUCCUUCCGACACGUUUGUUACAGGCGGCUGGGACGACCAGAUUAACAAGUUAUCAAUCUGGAAAAACGAGGAACCAAGUGGAGAAUCAGCAGCUUCCUUCGCUGUCGCAAAUGAACCAAAAUUGUUGUGUGACACUAAUUUCAUUGGAGAUGUAACGGACAUCGAGUGUUUUGAUUCAGGGAGAAUCCUGGUAUCGUCUUCAGCAGGAAGUGUUAGCCUGUUCCAAUAUAGUUCAAAACACCAGGCCAUCAGACCUGAGCUUGAAUGGAAUUCUCUCCACCAUGUUGGAAGUCGUGGCUGUUCAUGCACAUGUCUUGCCACAAAUUCUGGCUCCACUGAUGUUGUAUCUGCUGGUGAGGAUGGAAGGAUCAAUGUAUUGAAACUUGAUCAGAGGCAUCCAGUGAGAACAAUAGAUUCUGCAGACAGCACAACUAUAAACAGUAUUACAUGUAUAAUGUCGCAUGAAGUGGCUGCUGUAACAUUCGGUGGUCAGCUUAAAGUUUGGGAUCUUCGACAACCUGGGAGUAAGCCUGGAAGAACAAUGUUACUUUCUGGCGACCGUGUCUCACUGCUGUGUGUUGACAAACACCCAACACAGCCACACCUACUUGCAGCAGGAGGUCAGGAUGGUGUACUGAGUAUUUGGGACAUGCGCCAAGAACUGUAUCCUGUCACAUUACUGGAAGCGCAUGCUGCAGAAGUAUGGGAUGUGAAAUUUCACCCUCUAAGCCCAGACAACUUAUUCACAUGUUCUGAAGAUGGAUCUCUCUGGCACUGGGAUGGAGCCUCUGUGGCUGUCCAGAGCACCACAGCCAUGCCCGGUUUUAAUUCAAGUCACCUCAGCAGUAUUGGCAAUGGUGCAGGUGCUGGGGGAGGAUAUGACAGUACAAGUCCUUGGUUAUCGGUCGAUGCUACAAAACAUAAAAUGGAGACAUUCUCUCUUCUCCCAUAUAACAGACUGUCAAUCAACACGCUAGAUAUCAAAUCAACACACUUGUUAAGUGGGAGUGACUGUGAAGCUAUUUUUAUUGUCAAAGAUCUGGUCAUAAGAUGAUUAUUUUUGUUAUGAUUAAAACUAUUAAUAAUGUAAUUAUUAUAAUGUUUGUACAUUAUAGCUUUUACAACUUAAUAAUCUUUAGACUGUACAGUUAACUUUGCAGAUCAAUUUGUAGGAACAGACAUUUCCUGGCAUAAAUGAGUAGCCAUUCCACUUUUCACCUUUAUGAUCUCAUUAGUAAUACAUGUAUGUUCUUAUUGACUAAAUGGGAGGGCCAAAUGGGAACAUAAUUGACUCAAGGUCAUGGCAUAUGGACUGAGCAUAGCAAGGUCUGUGCCUCAUGACUGAGAGGCAAAUAUUUUCCUGACUAAACUCAGGCAAUAAGUAUUUUAUCAUAUGACCACUGAGUGUUGAAAAUUUCAACCUAAACAGGAUGCAAUAGACAGGCACAUGAAGCCAUGCGAGCCAAAAAAAAAAAUUCUGCAAUUAACUUUUUCUUUACUUUUACAAGUCUGAACAAGAAACUCCCAAUUCCUUGAAAGAUGUGACGAUUUUCUCAUUUCUGUUUUCCUUUAAGUUUUAGCAACAAAGCGACAUGAGGGUAGCAGGGGCAGACAGCUUUUUGCAGACUGGCUCAAACAACCUGUCUGGCCCUGCAGAUGCGAUCUUUCACCAUGGUUUUCCAUGGGAUUGUGCAAGCAGGGCCAAAUGAGUCAUAUGAUAAUUCUCCUAAUCAUAUGCCUUAGAGUUCUUAUGUUAGUUUUUUCAACUAAUAAUCCCUCUGAUUGAUGUAUUUCUAUAUUCCCAUCACUUGUCUGCCUGAUAUUGAUAUUGUAAAGAGGAAUUCUGUCUUGGUCACCCAUGAGAGCUAGGGGGUUAAAACUCAGCUACAAAAUAACAUAUUUUACUGAUUAAUUAGUAUAUAUUAAAAUUAAACUCUUGAGAGAAGAUUG